CAUUUUCCAUUUUUAACAAAAAAAAUUUGUAUUUACCCAUGAUUUCGUGACCACUGGCUUUGAUUUCAAUAUGAAGUUGUUUGGCAGACACAGUUUUUUCCGCGGGAAAUCCUUGAUGGAGCUCACAGCUCAGCUAAAGAAUCCUAAAGGUCGAGUCGUGACUCGAGUAACAUUUGAGAGAUAUCCUGAAAAAAGCUACUAUAUUUUAUCUCAUGUGGAGCAUGGAUACCAUGGGAAAAAUUUGACUGGUGUGGCAUGGGGCACAAAGGUUUUCAGAGGGAACAAGUACCCAAAGUUAAUGAGAAUUGAUGCAGGGGGGAAAAGGGAUUGGCGACUUAUUCCAAAAGAGGAAGAGGAGGAGUUUUGUAAGAUUGACAAAGUGCAUGAACCAAAUAUUAAAGUAGAGGACAUUGAUACACGAUUACCUCCAGUGAUGGAAAUGGUGUUAAAAAGGAAUUUCAAGCAAAGAAAUGUAGCAUUUGAAGGUACUCCUAACCUAAAGGGAUUUAUUAACCUUAACAGUGAUUUAAUGAAAAGAAUUGAAUAUUACAAUGCACAGACAGACUGUUCAUCACAAGAAAAAACGUCUUGACGACCCAGAAUUUUAAUUCUUGCAUUGCAAAAUAAUGUAUUUACAAGAAAUGCAAUUGUAUCUUAUGAAUAAAAUUGUAUAUAAGACCACAGAAUGCUAAUUUUAAUGUGUUUGAUGUGAAGUAACUCUUCUGUAUUACAAAUUCAUACUUAAUAAAACAUACAGUCAUGUUGAUUA